GCGCAAACAGCAACAGCUCGCAAGCCCACCCCGCGAAAGGGGUAUAGAUUUCGUGGUCGGGUGGUGAAAGCGUGCGAUGAGGAAACCCGUUUCGGCGUAACCGCGGUCCGAGUGAAGCGCGGCUGUGAAAAGCCGAAUUCCGCGAGUCGAGAUUCGUGUCUAGCCCCACGCUGACGUGUUCCGGUAACGCGCUCUGCUACGUUUUCCACCGCACACGCAGCCACCCGGUAACAAACUUUCUUCGAGGAUCAUCCCGUACUAACGCCACCAAACAUGACAUCACCAGCGGGCGAAGUUUUCAUCGUAUCGGCGGCCAGAACACCGAUCGGUAACUUCAUGGGUACACUGGCGUCGUUAUCCGCGGCCGAACUCGGUGCGGUAACGGUGCAGGAAGUGCUGAAACGUGCCGGCGUCGAGGGUAGCGAUGUCAGUGAGGUCAUUCUCGGACAGGCCCUUACCGCAGGCCAAGGUCAAAAUACGGCCCGCCAAGCAUCGAUCAAGGCCGGUGUACCGAAGGAAGUUCCGGCGUACACCAUCAACAUGCUGUGCGGUUCGGGACUGAAAACGGUGGCCCUCGGUUAUCAGGCGAUUCGUUGUGGCGAUGCCAGCAUUGUCGUUGCCGGCGGUCAGGAAUCGAUGUCCAAGUCACCGCACGUGCUCCAUCUCCGUGCUGGCACCAAGAUGGGCGAAGCGAAAAUGGUCGAUACGAUGUUGCACGAUGGAUUGACCGAUGCGUUCCACGAUCUGCACAUGGGCAUUACGGCGGAAAAUCUGGCCAAAGAGUACGAGAUAAGCCGGGAGGCACAGGAUGCGUUCGCGGCCCAGAGCCAGCAGCUGACGGAGGAAUCGCAAAAGAAGGGCUACUUCAAUGACGAGAUCGUUCCUGUUCCGGUCGUGGGACGCAAGGAAACCGUGCAGUUUGCGGUGGAUGAGUACCCGAAGCAUGGUACGACGGUGGAAUCGUUGGCCAAGCUGCGACCGUGUUUUAUCAAGGAUGGAACCGUCACACCGGGUAACGCGUCGGGCAUAAACGAUUCCGCUGCCGCCGUGCUGCUGAUGGCCGGUUCGGAGGUUGAGAAGCGUGGUGCCAAACCGUUGGCAAAGAUCGUGGCGUACGCGCAAACUGGCAUCUGUCCGAAGACGAUGGGAGCGGGGCCGAUCUCGGCGGUGCGGGCUGUGCUUCAGAAAGCCGGUUGGAAGCUGGAAGAUGUUGAUCUGUUUGAGCUGAACGAGGCAUUCGCUGCCCAGGCGCUCGCCGUUAACAAGGGCCUUGGCGUCGAUCCAGCGAAGGUUAAUGUUGGUGGUGGUGCGAUCGCUCUUGGACAUCCGAUUGGUGCCUCCGGAUGUAGAGUGCUGGUAACGCUCCUGUACGCACUACGGCGGACCGGUGGCAAGAAAGGUGUUGCCUCGCUGUGCGUCGGCGGUGGCAUGGGUGUCGCUUUGGCCGUCGAAAUGGUGUGAGAGAGUGAGAUUUCGUUUUCGAGGCGGAAUCGAAUCCAUGUUAUACAUUCGUUUAUUCUUCA